GCAUAUACACACUAGCUCACUUGUUUAUUACAACUUGGGCAUUUGAAUACGACAGAAAUCUUGACCUACAUUUUUGUUCCAUUUUUCACGCUAAUCCAUGUUCUUAUGCUAAUUCAGUGCAAGAAAUUCAUUGACUCACUAGAUCUGUACACAGCAGCUGAAGAUCGAAGAAACACAUUUGACUUGAGGUAUGGCAGCUUAUGCAGCUCUAGUUUCUCUUACCAACACUAUUGCUAUGGAGCAGAUUCCACGGCCUCUCAUAUCCCACCAGAUCUCCAUUGAUGGAGGGCUGAUUGAAGCUCUGCAAGAAAGGGUUGAUUUCUUGGUGCAAUUUCUUGAAGAAGGCUGGAAAGGAUCGAAGGGUUUGGAGGAUUGGAUUGCAGCUGCAGCACAUGGUGCAGAAGAUGCCAUUGAAUCAUCUGUUGUGGGUAAAUUUCUUGCUUACACAAGUCAAACAGAGGAGGAAGGCUCGAUUCUAUUACGCGAAGCACUGGAAAAAGCAAUAGAAGAUUUCGAUUGUAUCAAGGACGAGGCGAUGGAGAUUAAAGAGAAGAGUGAGAUCAAAGAUGUGCAUGGAUCAAGUUCAACAUUUGUUGGCUCAUCUCAAGGAGGGAAUAACACAAUUGUUGGAUUCGAGCAUGAAAAAAUUCGAAUCAUGGAAGAGCUUACAUCGAGGAGCCGGCCUAGCCGUGUAGCCGUGCCAAUAGUAGGCAUGGGCGGGAUAGGUAAAACCACGCUUGCUCGAAAUGUUUUUGACGAUAAGCUUAUCGUGCAAUAUUUUGAUAUUCGUGCUUGGAUUACGGUGUCUCAAGAAUACAAUCUAAGAGAGAUUCUUAUGGGAGUUCUCUAUAGCGACGGGCCGGGAAAUACUACAAGUAAGAGUUUUCAAGAAUUCACUAAUGAGAUGAAUAAGAAGAGCGAAGAGACUUUACAAGAGUUAGCACACCAAAGAUUGUCGGGGAGGCGAUACUUGAUUGUAAUGGAUGACGUUUGGGAUGCCGAUGUUUGGUAUAAGAUAAAGAGGUUUUUUCCGGACAAUGGCAAUGGGAGUCGAGUGGUAGUAACUACUAGGCUCUCGGAUGUGGCUAAUGAAGUCGGAACUAGUAGCCAUAAGAUGAACUUCCUCGGAGAGGAUAGUAGUUGGGAUUUACUCCGAGAUCGAGUAUUUGGACAAGGAAGUUGUCCUACCGAAUUAGAAAGUAUUGGCAAGACGAUUGCGAAAAGUUGUAGAGGGCUUCCUUUGGCAAUUGUAGUCAUCGGGGGACUUCUUGCAAAGUCGGAGAUGACAUUGGAGUAUUGGGAGCACGUCGCCGAAGAUGUUAGCUCGGCUAUAUCUUUAGAAAGCGACGAGGAAAAUUAUUUGGAUGUGUUGUAUUUGAGUUACGAUCGUUUACCUGCUCAUUUGAAGCCGUGCUUUUUGUAUAUGGGCGUGUUUCAAGAAGAUCAAGAGAUUCGUGUCGCCGAGCUCACAAAACUAUGGGUUUCCGAAGGAUUUCUAAAGCCAACGGAAGGCAAGAUCAUGGAAGAUAUUGCAGCAGAGUAUUUCGAAGAUCUAUUCGAAAGAAAUCUCGUUUUAGUUAGCAAGCGAGGUUCGAGGGGGAAGAUCAAAUCUUUCCAUAUCCAUGAUUCAUUGAGAGAUCUUUGCCUGAGAGAAGCUAAGAAGGAGGAGUUCUUUUGCAUCAUGAAAACCGACGAACUUGAGCUUGUCGAAGAAGACAUGAGUAUUCAGCGACGGAUUGUUGUAAACAAAGGCGAAUUUUUCUACCAAUUCGAAGAGUAUGAGUUGUUACGAUCAGCAUCGUGUGCUCGUUCGUUGCUGUGCAAUGCUGAAGAUAUCUUGCCCCGACCUGAGUUCCCGUUGCUUAGGAUACUGACCGUUAUCGACAAGUAUGCUUUCAAGCCUAACGAGGAUGCUGAUAAGUAUCCCGUCGAAGACAUUUUUCGACUCGCUAACUCACGGUAUCUCGCUUUUAAACCUUGCUGGAGUCGCAACAUGUCGAGUACUUUCUCCGUGAGUUACUUGAGGAAUGUGCAGACGAUAGUCGUGAGCGGGGCGUGGACUUUCUACGCGCCGUCGGAGAUAUGGAGAUUGCCUCUGCUUAGGCACAUCAGGUUCAAGUCAAUUCAUCUCCCUGACCCAAGUUUUAUGGAUAAUAGAGCUGUUUUAGAACACUUGCAGACAUUAAUGAAUGUCGAAAACUUCAUUUGCUCCGACGAGAUUGUUCGAAAGGUUCGAAACAUCCGAAAGCUAAAGAUUCGAUACAAUGACAUAUCGAGGGGGCGAUGUAAGGAUUGGUCAAGUUACCGCGCCAACAACCUCGUCCAUUUGGAGAACCUCGAAUCAUUGUCUCUACAUUUCCCGCGAUACAAUCCACGAGUUAAGCGCGAUUCGGUGCUAAACCAUCUCGCCUUCCCCCAAUCGCUCGUCAAGUUAACUUUGGACGGCUGCGGACUUCGUUGGGAAGACAUGUCGAUAAUUGGCUCGUUGCCUAAUCUUGAAGUGCUCAAACUUGAAGUGAACUCGUUCGAAGGAAAUGAAUGGAAUCCGGUCGAGGGUGAAUUUCUUCGCCUGAAAUUCUUGAUGAUCAAUGGCUGUGACGAACUUAAGCAAUGGAAUGCAGAUUACACUCACUUCCCUCGCCUCGAGCAACUUGUUUUACGAUUCGUAUGUUUGGAUGAGAUACCAUUGGAGAUCGGAGAGAUAGCAUCGCUUCGAUUGAUCCAAUUGGAAGGUUGUAGCGAAUCUUCGGUCUUCUCUGCCAAGAACUUACUCGAUGAACAAGAGAGCCUCGGAAAUUAUAGUCUUCGAAUUAAUGUUAUAGUCUUAGUUCGCGCGAUGGAGCACGGGACGAAGGUGGAGAGCUCGGCGAGCGAAAAUUUCCAUGUACAAAUAAGCCAAGAUUUGAGGUGCUUCUAAAGUAUAUCGAUGGUUGCAACUCCUCUUAAGGGCUUGUAAAGGAUCCAUUGCUUGGGUUACUAUCGGUUUGAUACGGAUGCUCGCAUAAUUUGAUCGCUAAACUAAGUCAGAUUUAUGAUAAUGAUAUAGUACAUCAGCGAUGCGUAUUGGCUACACACUCCAGCAAAGCUUUCGCUUAUGAAAGAGUAUUGUUCACGAACAUCGCUACCGUGUGGCUCUCUACACACAACAUAGCUUAUUGUAAUAACACUAUUAUUAAUAAUCAUUCAAAGUAAAUACAUCGUGGUAGAUUUGAGCAACUUUCGUUCCCUUUCU